AUGGCGAAGCCGGGUCGUAGAGCCGACGCAAAUUGUUGGGACGUGAUGUCCUAUUCUAGUCAACAGGUAACAUCACCCUCCCACGCAGACGUACACACAAGCCCAGAAAGAGUCGUCGCUCCGCCGAGGUACCAGCCUCGAGGACGUUGGGCUGUUGAGGCCGGUGCACAUUGGGUCCUACUUACUACCUUCCCCAACCGGCCUCUCUCUCUCUCUCUCUCUCCUGUGGUCCGGGUCCGCCCACACGCACCCCUGCCUGCACCGUCUGUGGCGUUUGCCAAGAAGUGUUAUGACCUGGCUACGGAAAGAAAAGCGUGGUACGGAGCUGGCUCUGGUUCAAGGUUGACAGGAAAUGAGAACAAGAUCGGUUUGGGCUCGGUUCAAGGCGGUUUCGAGGGCGAUUCGACGUCUGUUAUGGACGAGUUUGAGGCCGAUUCACGACUUGUAGGAAACUAUUUCGGGAAAGCCAAGUUCGAGGACGGUUCCAUUCAGACUGGAUACCUGUUUGGGGCUCGGUCAAGGGAUUCACGGGGCGGCUUUCAGACCGAUUCAGACCUGGAGUCCGAUUGCACGAGAGUA